AAGAGGAGGAGACAUUCCAGGGACAACUACUGCUGGAAGUGCCACAAAGACGGGGUCGAGGCUGCCUGCAGCACUUGUGUCAGAUCCUGGCACAGAAGAUGCAUCGGUGGUACAGCCCCAUCCGCAUCAUCUGAUUGGAUCUGCGGAGAAUGCGCGAGUAUUCUGAAAGCAGAGAAUCCCUCGACGAGAUCCCCAUCGAUGUCGAACCUGACAGUCGAUCAACUCUGCAUGGUCCUGAAGCACAUAAUCCUGAAGAUGAAGCAGAUAACAGGUGCGGAGGAGUUUUCAAAGCCAGUGGACCUCGUGGACGUUCCAAAUUACCUAGACUACAUAAUAAAACCGAUGGACCUGACACUCCUGGAGGGUAAUAUCAAAUCGAAGGAGUACGGUAGUCCAGACGCCUUCAUGGCAGACGCCAAAUGGAUUCUCCACAAUUGUCUAGUCUUCAACACAGAGGGUGGAAAGUAUACAGACACAUCAAAACUGACAACAGUAGCUAAACAGCUGAUUAAACUGGCGAGAGAGGAGGUCUCAGAGCUAGAGUCGUGCCCCACGUGCUAUGUCCGGGGUAGACACCUGCCAAGACCGAAUUACACUUGGUUCAUCGAUGCCUGCAGCCCCCCACAUCUCCUGGUGUGGGCGAAGCUCAAAGGAUUUCCCUACUGGCCAGCAAAGGUCAUGCCAAGAUGGAAUAAUCAGGGAUACGUCGACGUGAGAUUUUUUGGUGAACACAAUCGUGCCUGGGUAUCUCCCAAGGAUCUCUACCUCUACUCCAAGGAUCCCCCAGCAGGCAGUGGACGAUCCAAGAAGCACGAGAUCGCUGAUUGCCUCAGGGAGAUCUCCAUUCACAUAAAACGACUGGGGGAGACCUUCGGUAGAUUCGAGCAUGCACCACACAAGACACAAUUCAAUCCCCACGAUCCCCUCCAGAUUAAAACACUUCUACCUGAUUAUGAUCCACCGUUGCAGGUGGAGGAUAGAAUUCCCAGGAGGGUAAUUGGUAAAGGAAAGAAACGUAAAUGGGAUUCACUGUCCGAUAGUGUGAGUGAGGCUUAUUUUUAUUCUGACGCUGAGACACUAGCUGGGGAUUUCAAUGAGGAUGAUGAAGAGGACGAUGAUGAUGAUGGAAAGGAGUCACCGAGGAAGAGGAAGAGAUCGCUGACACCAGGACUCCCUGAGGCACCGAUCCCUGGGAAACGUUCUAGGCAGAUUAAAGUGAGUAAACCUACACCCAGGAGAGGAUCUGCGGGGAAGGGUAUGAGGGGCGGGAGGAGGAGUGCUAAUUUUGAGAGGGAAAGCAGGGGAAGGGGAUCAGGGCAUGGGAGGAGCACCAGGCAGGCGUCAGAGAGGAUCAGCAGAAGGCCCAGGAGUACUGUCGGGGAGAUGAAGAACGAGGAAGCUGGGAAUAAUGAAGAAAUAGCGGGGAAAGUGGCGGAGAAGAUGGAGAGGAUGCAAAAGAUCCCACAAAUGGAAAAGAUAGAGAAACUAGAGGAGAAGCAGGAGAAGCAGGGGUUGGAGAGGAAACAUAGAAGGGCCAAGAAGAGUUUUCCUAAUAAACCACCAGGGAUUGGAGCUUCUACUGGGCAGAGACCGCAGGUGAAAUCACCAGUGAAAUUGGAGAAGAGUUUUGGUGUUCCAGCAGAUGCUGGACCUCUUAGCUCGUUGAUCAGCAAGGGUGCUGACACUCUGGCUAAGCAAAUGGGUUUAAUUAUUGAGGAGAGUAUCAAACAGGCCACUCAGGGGGAAGGACCUGUGGCUGGAAUUGUUGGAGCUGAUCGAGCUAUUAUUUUCGACAUGAAGCUCAGGAUGGAGAGGAUCAAGUGGGAGCAUCAACAGGAAAUUGCUGAGUUGAAGCAGAUUUCAG